AUGUUCAAGCUCGCUCGCAGUAGGCCUUUGGCUGCUGCUUUGAGAGCUGCUACCAAGCAGAACACGCCUGCCAGGAGCUCAGCUAUGCAGCAGAAACGAUUCCUUUCCAUCCAUGAAUACCUCUCCGCAAACCUCCUGAAGACGUAUGGCAUUGGGGUACCAAAGGGAGAGGUUGCCCGCUCGGCGGCGGAGGCAGAGUCGAUUGCUAAGAAGAUUGGCGGAGAUGACAUGGUCAUAAAGGCACAAGUCCUGGCUGGUGGGCGGGGAAAGGGCACCUUCGAUAAUGGACUGAAGGGUGGUGUGAGGGUCAUCUACUCACCAACCGAAGCCAAAAUGUUCGCCGACCAAAUGAUCGGCCACAAGCUCAUGACCAAGCAAACCGGCGCUGCAGGCCGCCUCUGCAACGCCGUCUACAUAUGCGAACGGAAAUUCGCCCGCCGGGAGUUCUACCUGGCCAUUGUCAUGGACCGCCAAUCGCAAGCCCCUGUCAUAAUCGCCUCCUCUCAAGGUGGCAUGGAUAUCGAGACCGUCGCCAAAGAAUCUCCAGACGCAAUCAUCACUACAAACAUCAAUAUACACGAGGGGGUCACGGAUGAUAUUGCCCGCAAUAUCGCCUCCGAUUUGGGAUUCUCGGAACAGUGCAUUGAAGAUGCUAAGAGUACGAUCCAGAAGCUUUACAAGGUGUUUAUGGAGAAGGAUGCGACGCAGAUCGAGAUCAAUCCGCUGAGCGAGACGAGUGAUCAUCAGGUGUUGGCUAUGGAUGCGAAGUUGACCUUUGAUGACAAUGCCGAUUUUAGGCAGAAAGAAGUCUUUUCGUGGAGGGAUAAGACGCAAGAGGAUGCGGAUGAGGUGAAGGCCGCUGAGUCUGGACUCAACUUCAUCAAGCUGGAUGGAGAUAUUGGAUGCCUAGUCAAUGGCGCUGGCCUUGCAAUGGCCACAAUGGACAUCAUCAAGCUGAACGGCGGCUCCCCAGCCAACUUCCUCGACGUUGGUGGAGGCGCAACGCCUCAAGCAAUUAAGCAAGCUUUCGACCUCAUCACCAGCGAUCCCAAAGUUACAGCCAUCUUCGUCAACAUCUUUGGCGGAAUCGUCAGAUGUGAUGCCAUUGCUCAAGGCUUGAUUAGCGUGGUGGAAAGUAUGAAUCUACGGACGCCGAUAGUGGCGAGGUUGCAAGGAACGAAUAUGGAGUUGGCGGCGAAAUUGAUCAACGAGAGCGGAUUGAAGAUUUUCUCGAUUGAGGAUCUGCAGUCGGCGGCGGAGAAGAGCGUGCAGUUUUCGAAGGUGGUGAAGAUGGCGAGGGAUAUCGAUGUUGGCGUUGAAUUCAAUCUCGGUCUAUAG